UAGGAAAUGUCUAACAUUAGAAGGAAACGCUAAUAUAUACUGCCAAAAGAGGGUUACAAAAUCUAGGGUUGGAGAUAUCUUGGCUAAAAAGAAAGACAAGCCCAUGGAGGAGUUGAAUCAAUUGCAGAAUAAAGUGGCUGAUAUCACUUUAGAUCUCCUUAGAGAGGAAAUCCUUGAUGAGCAAUUUCGGCAGUUGCAACGAUUGCAAGAUGAUGGUAUGCAAGAGUUUGUUUCUGAAAUGCUGUCUCUUUAUGUGAACGAAACGGAGAAGAUUAUCAAUGAGAUGGACAGUGAUAUUGUGGAGGGUUUUGAUAAGGUUGAUGCCCAUGCAAUCCAAUUGAAGGGAAGCAGUGUAAGCAUAGGUGCUAAACGUGUAGCGAAUGCUUGCCAAACUAUCCUUAACUGCUGCAAGGAGAAUAAUCAUGCAGGGGGUGUUGAAGGUUUGGCGAUACUAAAACAAGAGUAUUCUCUCCUAAAAACCAAAGUUGAACCAUUAUUGUCGCUAGAGAGAGAAAUUAUUGCGCUACAUCGUUCAACCAAUGCACCACAAAACAGAUGAUGAGUUGGGAAGAGAUGGUGUAUUUCGCUCCCUCUGAGAACU